GUCGAUGCAAAACUCCUCGAUUUUAUUUUGGAGUUUGGAGGAAAAAAGAGAAAAAAAGAAAGAAAAAAAACUCCUCAACCAUUCUUCUCCCAUAAUUUCAAUGGAAGCAUCAUCUACUUCCUUCAGCCACGUUGUUGCCAUGCCUUAUCCUUCACGAGGCCACAUGAAUCCCAUGAUGAACCUAUGCAAGCUCCUUGUCUCCAACAACAACAGCAUCCUCGUCACCGUUGUCGUCACCGAAGAAUGGUUAAGCAUACUCUCCUCCGAACCAAAACCCGACAACAUAAGCUUCCUUUCGAUCUCAAACGUUGUUCCUUCCGAACUCAUUCGCGGUCGCGACCAACUUGGCUUCAUAGAAGCUGUCAUGACAAAGAUGGAGGAACCGUUUGAGGAGGUUCUAUACCUAUUUGACCACCCUCCUUCAAUCAUUGUGUAUGAUACUUUCUUGUAUUGGGUUGUUGGCGUCGGAAACCGAAAGAAUAUACCGGUAGCAUCAUUUUGGACAAUGUCUGCUUCUGUUUUCUCCGUUCUCUCAAACCAGCAUCUUUCAGAAAAAGGCGAUGAAGGUGUAAAUUAUAUUCCUGGAAUUUCCUCAACGAGCAUAGCUGAAUUUCAUCUGCUAGAUGAUAGUAACAAAAACAAACAAGUGGUGCAGAUGCUUUUGAAAGGUUUAGAGUGGAUUCACAAAGCACAAUAUCUUCUAUUCACUUCAAUUUAUGAGCUAGAAUCUCAAGCAAUUGAUACCUUAAAAUCAAAAUCGUCCAUAUCAAUUUACACAAUUGGUCAUACCAUACCAUCCAUUAGCCUUAAAAAUGAUCCCAAACCAAACACUAACAAUAGCUACAUUGAGUGGUUAGAUUCACAACCAAUUGGUUCUGUUCUUUACAUAUCACAAGGAAGUGUUUUUUCAGCUUCAAGUGAACAAAUUGAUGAAAUUGCAAAUGCUUUAUGUGAAAGCAAUAUUCGAUUUUUGUGGAUAGCACGUAAUGAAGCUUCAAGGUUGAACCAAAUUUGUGGAAACAUGGGAUUGGUUUUGGAAUGGUGUGACCAAUUGAGAGUGUUGUCACAUUCUUCUAUAGGUGGAUUUUGGUCACAUUGUGGUUGGAAUUCUACUAAGGAAAGUGUUAUUUCUGGAGUACCGUUUUUGACUUUUCCAAUUGUUUUUGACCAACCAUUUAAUAGUAAGAUGAUAGUAGAGGAUUGGAAGGUUGGAUUGAGAGUUAAAGAAAAUGUUAAGGAAAAUGUUUUGGUAAAGAAAAGUGAGAUUAUAAAAUUAGUGUGUGAAUUUAUGGAUUUGGAUAGUGAGCUUACAAAGGGUAUUAGGGAAAGAAGUAGAAAGCUUAAAAAGGUAUGUUGUGAUGCAAUUGGAGAUGGUGGCUCAGCAGCCAUUGAUUUGAAAGCCUUCAUUGGUGAUAUAAUAAUGCAUUCUUCGUCAAAGUUCACACAUGCUUAAUGGUCCACUUCCUCCAGUGAAGUCUCUAUCUCAAUAAUAUUUUUGUUAAAGUCUUCAAAUGUUCAUGCUUAAUAAAAUUCUUGUUUGUUUGUUAUUUAUUGUUAUUGAAAUAAAUUAUUCCACUUGUGCAUUGUACUGUAUGAAAAGAAGGGUGAAUAGACAAUUUUAUACAAUAACUAAUAACUAAUAAGAUAGUCGUGCUUCUAACAGGUAAAUUUAUUUGAUAUAGUUUUCAACAUGAAAUGUAUAUAUACAGUUUUACUGCACACUACGAAAAUGCACUUCUCAACAAUAUUGUUCAAGAGAUCUCUACUUUCUGCUCAACCAUUAUAAACAUCAUUAUCAAUUUUACCAGUGUUGAAAUCUUUGAAUAAGAAAGCCAA